AUGGUGAUGAAUCAACAUGCCUACAGAGAAAACCAUAGUACAGAGACAGCACUAAUUCAGUUAACAGACGACUGUCUAAGAAACAUGGAAAACGGACUGCUCACCGGUGUAGCAUUGUUAGACUUUAGUGCUGCUUUUGAUCUAGUUGAUCAUGAUUUACUAUUGUUGAAACUGAAAGACUAUAAUUUUUCUGAAGGGGCCAUCGACUGGAUUAAGUCAUAUCUCACAGGCAGAAUUUCGAUGGUUAACAUAAACGGUGAAUUUUCUAGUCCAACGAAAAUUGUCUGUGGAGUACCCCAAGGAAGUUGUCUUGGACCUAUGCUGUUUAGUCUAUUCAUCAACGAUUUACCAUCUGUACUGGAUACAGCUAGUAUUACCUUGUAUGCUGAUGACAGCACUCCAUACCAUGUGGCAGAAAAUGUCAAUUUAAUAUCAGAAAAUCUUCAUAAUGAUCUACUUAACGUCGAGGAAUGGAUCCGGAAAAAUCGUCUGGUGCUAAAUGUGGAGAAAACUAAAAGUAUCCUAAUUGGAGGUCGCCAAAGGAUUAAAGUAGCACAUCCACUGAACCUAAGUAUGAAGAACAAAAGCAUUACUCAGUAUUCAUGUGUCAAACUUCUGGGAGUGCAGAUGGAUGAGGCAUUAAGUUGGAAACCCCAUUGCGAUGGUCUUUUGAAGGAUUGUUCAAAAGCGCUCGGUCUGUUGUAUAGAUUUAGUAAAUACAUACCAAAAACUGCUUUAAGAUCUAUUGCGGAUGCACUUAUACUAUCGAAACUCAACUACUGCUGUACGGUUUGGGGUUCAGCUCUGAAUCGGAAUUCUUUAGACUUUCUCCAAAUACUUCAAAACAAAGUCGCUAGAUUGAUCGUAGGUUGUAAAAUUCAUGAAAAAUCCAGAAAAGAACUACACAACGAACUUAACUGGCUAACGGUCAGACAAAGAGUACACAUGAGAACAGCUAUGAUUAUACAUAGAACACUCUACUGGAAGGAACCAUUUACUAUAUUUAUGCAACUUCAUUCUCUCAUCAUUACCCAUGAACAUGAGACAAGAUUCGCAUCGAAGUGUAAAGGUGAUAAGUUACUACUUGCGAAACCUGUUUAUAAGAAGAAAACAUUCCUUGCUAGAGCGUUUACAACAAGAGGAAUAGAAAUUUGGAACAAUUUAAGUGCAGAGACAAAACACAUAGUAAUGAAAGGAGCUUUUAAAUCUGCUCUUCGUAAACA